AUGUUUCGUCCCAUUCAUUCAAUUCCUGUGCUCUCUCUAGAUAAGAGCUCCACUGCCGCUCCUUCUGCCCCUGGUGCUCCGGCUUUUCCUGGAAGCGUUCCGCCGGGAUCAGGACGUGUUCCUACUUCUUCCAAGCCAGGAAAUCUGCCAGCAGCGGAUGCUACAGUCAAUCCGGCCGGUUUUUUUGCAUACGGGUUCCCUGGACCUGUCCAUGACCUCGAAACCAGAAUGGAAUUCGUUUCGGUGUACGACCGUCAGAAAAGAAAUCCAUAUUACGUCGUGGAACAUAUCACUGCCGAGUCAUUGAAGCGUGAUGCUUCAGGAGGGGGGGACCGUAAGAAUUCUGUAUUCAAAGAAGAUGAGCAAAUUCCAAUGAAGUUCCGCGGAUUUCUGCGAGAUUACUUCAGAUCAGGGUACGACAGAGGUCAUCAAGCACCUGCUGCCGACGCCAAAUUUUCCCAAGUCGCCAUGGACGAAACUUUCUAUCUAACAAACAUGUCUCCCCAGGUAGGAGCCGGUUUCAACAGAGACUACUGGGCACACUUUGAGGAUUUCGUGAGAAGACUAACCACUGGCUACGGUUCUGUCAGAGUCGUUACUGGCCCGUUGUACCUUCCUAAAAAAGACCCUGUGGACGGAAAGUACAAGGUUACGUACGAGGUUAUUGGCAAUCCACCAAACAUUGCUGUUCCCACGCACUUUUUCAAGCUGAUCGUGGCAGAAAAGUCGUUUAAAAGAAGCCCCAACUCUGACGAUAUUGCGGUCGCUGCCUUCGUGAUGCCCAAUGCCGUCAUCCCUAAUGAGGUUCCUCUCACUUCUUUUGAAGUGCCUGUUGAUGCCUUAGAGCGCUCUUCGGGCCUGGAAUUCCUCAAAAUGGUGCCUGACAACAAGAAAAAACAACUAUGCAAAGAAUUUAGCUGUAACAUUAUCGUGCGAGAGUUCAACGACAGCGUCAAAGCUCUACCAUCUGAAUAAUGCAAUAGAUAUGUUGAA